AUGUCAAAAAGUUGCCAUCUGAUCAGCGUCAAUAAACUGUACGCAAUUAAACACUCCCAUUUAGCAACAAUCGAGCGUCAGCAGAUUCUUUAUAGGAUGUCCUUGAAGAAUCCCUUGUACAGAAUAGUUGACGACUAUGAGCUGUAUUUGCUUCUCAACAAAGCCGCUAAUACCUUCCACUUCACGAAGCUCGAGAUCAGCGCACUAAGUAUCCUCUUGGAGUCGCUUGAGCUCACAGUUGCUUCAAAUCCAAAACAACUUGUGAUGUUCGCCUCAUUUGUAAUUAAAGCCUGUUUUUCUGACAAAAAGUCGUUUUCUUUUUAUGAGAAAUGCAUGAAAAGAAGAUACAAACAUUUCGUAAAACGAUUUGUUAAUUGGAUCACCCUGUACUCGGUAAGAACAGAAUUCCCAGUCCAAGAGAUUUGUAGCAAAUAUAGAGAGUUGGCAGCUGGGAACGCAAUAAUUUCGGUGAGGGAGAUCCAUAAAUUUGAAAAUAAAAUCAAUCAAAUGCUGUCCAGGAAUUUCACUGGGGUGAGUAAAAGCAAGACUUUUAUUGACUUUAAGGCAAUUGGUGACCAGAUGAGAGAUUCGGAAAAGAGUUUCUUUGACGGCAUGUGCCUUGAUGAUAUUUUAAUGUAA